AUGGGUUUCGAUCUUGAAGAGAAAGCCAAAGAAGCUUUUGUUGAAGACCACUUUGAGUCGGCGGUUCAACUUCUCACUCAAGCCAUUGCUCUUGAUCCUACCAAACCUGAACUCUAUGCUGAUCGUGCUCAAGCCAACAUCAAACUCAAUAACUUCACCGAGGCUGUUGCUGAUGCUAACAAAGCUAUCGAGUUGAAUCCUUCCCUAUCAAAGGCAUAUUUGCGCAAAGGUAAUGCAUGUAUGAAGCUUGAGGAAUAUCAGACUGCCAAGACGGCUUUAGAGACCGGUGCCUCAUUGGUUGCAGACACAUCAAGAUUUGUUAAUUUGAUCAAACAAUGCGAUAGGCUCAUUGCAGAAGAGUCUUGUACUCAGGAAAAGUCCACCACUGCACAGGAUGCAACUCCAAAAGUCGUUGUUCUAGAGAAAGAUCUCUUAGAGGAGCCCGCAGUGGCGCUAACUAAGCCUAAAUAUAGGCAUGGAUUUUACCAGACACCUCAAGAAGUGGUUGUCACAAUAUUUGCAAAGGGGGUCUCCAAAGAAAGCAUUACUGUCGACUUUGGUGAACAAAUACUAAGGAUCAACAUUGAUGUCUCUGGAGAAGAUGCAUAUGUUUUUCAAUCUCGCUUAUUUGGAAAGAUCAUACCUUCCCGAUGCCGGUAUGAAGUUAUGUCCACCAAAAUUGAAAUUCGCCUUGUCAAAGCAGAAUCUAUUCACUGGAAGUCCCUAGAAUUCACCACAGAAACUGCAGUUGCACCAAGGGCUAUUGCCUCUUCAGUUACCGGAACUCAAAGACCUACUUACCCGUCCUCAAAACCAAAAAGAGUAGAUUGGGAUAAGCUAGAAGCUCAAGUUAAGAAAGAGGAGAAAGAUGAAAACCUUGAUGGCGAUGCUGCACUGAACAAAUUUUUCCGGGAAAUAUAUUCUGAUGCUGAUGAGGAUACAAGAAGAGCAAUGAAAAAGUCAUUUGUGGAGUCGAAUGGAACAGUGCUGUCUACAAACUGGAAGGAAGUGGGUACAAAGAAGGUUGAAGGAAGUCCUCCAGAUGGCAUGGAGUUGAAGAAAUGGGAAUAUUAA